AUGACGCGAGGAAGUCUUUUGCGACACAUCUUCAAACAUGGUCCAAAUUUCAUACUCAAGCGCGACGCAGUUCCAUCCAAGAUCGAUGAGAAUGACAGGUCGCUCCUCAUCGCAAAGCGAGUUGAGACCCCACUGAAGGCGUCAUCGCAAGAUCCAUCACCGCCACGAACACCCGAGCCAUAUACGGUGAACAUUCUUCCUGAGAUUACCGAAGAAGAAAACACCUCACCAACCAACAACUCUCCUUCUGCCUCCUCGGACACAGGCAGUACGGUGUCCGACCUCGCAUCCAUAGUCACUGUCCUCGCCGCGCACACGCCUCUCAUCAACGCCACAACUCUCACGACGCGCGACCUCCUCUACGCUGCCAUGGAUGAAGCGAUUUCAGCGACGAAGGACCAUCUCGACACACUAGCAACUACAUGGGCCCUGCUUGAAGCCCUCGCUGGCUUCAGCGCGACGGUUGAGGUGCUGAAGCAGGAGAUGGGAGUGAAGAUUACGGCGUCCGAGGCCAAGCUUGCGGAGCUCGAAAGAUUUGAAGAGGCUGUCGAGGGUAUGAAGUUUCUGGAUGAGCAGGAGAACGUCGGUGCGGAGGAGGUGAGUGAUGUGGACGGUUCACCAGGCCGUUAG